AUGUGGGGGGAAAUAUGGAGGGCUAUUGAGGAUUUGGGGGUUGUUAAUUUGGAGGGUAAGAGGGAUUAUAGAAAACAUAUUGAGGUUUUGGAAAAAGUUGAUAAAAAUAUAGGGUUGGUUGGGAAGGAGAAAGAGAACAUUAGUUACUCGUUUUCUAACGCCAACGGUCAAUUGGGUGGAUUGAUUAUUCCUUGGAAGGAAGGAGGGGUGGAAGUGGUUCAUAGCUUUAAGGAAGAGGGCUUUUUGGGUGUAAAGUUAAUAUGGAGGAGUUAUGUGUAUUAUAUUGUCAAUGUGUACUCUUCUUGCGAUCUCAAUAAGAAGAAGGAAUUAUGGAAUGCGCUUUUAUUGAGGAAGAACAACUAUGUCGAUGGCGAGUGGGUCAUUGGUGGGGACUUUAAUUCCAUUAAGAAUCAUUCAGAGAGGAAGGGGAGGACGGAUCGAGAGAGGAGCGAAGAUUCGAAGGCUUUUGUAAAUUUUAUUAUUGAUAGUAAGCUUCUUGAUAUUCCUUGCAAAGGCAAAUCUUUUACUUGGGAUAUUUCAGACCAAUGUCCUAUUUGGCUAAUCAAGGAUGGGGUGAAUUGGGGUCCUAAACCGUUCAAGGUUAAUAACGAAUGGUUUUCGAAUAGUUCUUUUCUUCCUUUUGUGGAGAAAAAAUGGAGGGAGAUAAAGGUAGAAGGGAGGGGAGAUUUUGUGUUGAAGGAAAAGUUGUGUGUUCUUAAAGAUUGUCUUAAAUGGUGGAACACUGCGAUUUUUGGGAAGUUUGAUUUAGAUGUUGAAAAUAAUGUUCAUGGGUUGAAUGAAGGGGAUUGUGCUUUAGAAAGAGCUUCGGAGGGGGAGAGGAUUGAGAUGCUUGCUAAUAGAAAUGAGACAACUAGUCGCUUUUGGUUGAAUUUGAGAAUAAAGGAGAAUAUGCUAGUUCAAAAAUCUAGAUUGAAGUGGUUAAACGGCGGAGAAUAG